AUGGCGGUGACUAAGGCUCGCAGCAUCUCUUUAAGAACUAAACUCUCCGUAAACCAGUACGGCAAUAAUCGAACAGCGUCAAUAAAGGACUCCACAACGGCAGCAGCACGGUCGUCCCAAGCCUGCAAUAACGGCGAUCACAUGCACGAGCGUUGCAGAAGGCGGGGCGAUCCGGCCAUGACGAACGCUCUGCAGAGGAAGGAGGAGGAGGAGGAGAAAGAGGAGGAGGAGGAGAAGGAGGAGGUGGUGGUGAAGGAAGAGAGAGAGAGAGAGAGAGAGAAGAGAGAAGAGAGAGAGAGAGAGAGAGAGAGAGAGAGAAAAGAAGGUAAAGACGAGAGAGAGAGAGAGAGAGAGGAAGAUAAGGAAGAAGAAGAAGAGGAGGAGGAGGAAGGGAACAUGAAGAAGAAGAAGAAGAAGAGAAGCUGUCUGAUCCCGCACUUUCUGUUGACCUUUUAA